GCGUUCGUACGGAAUGGAGCUCGCGUUUAUAUUGCUUCUAGAAAAAAAAAGAUUCUUGAUAUAGCUGCGGCCGAGUUAAAUGCAUUGGGCCCAGGAGAAUGUUACGCAAUUGAAGCAAAUCUCAACUCUAAAGAAGCUUGCGAGAAACUUGCAACCGAGAUUGGAGCUCGAGAAAAGGGGAAACUUGACAUUUUAGUAAAUAACGCGGGAACUGUUUUUGAUGCAACAUUAUUCGAUUUUCCUGAAAAAGAGUGGGACAAUAUUUACAAUUUGAAUGUUAAAAGCUAUAUUAGAUGUUUGCCUUUGCUAGAAAAGGCCAGUCAUAAACCAGAUGAUCCGUCAAGAGUGAUUAUUGUUGGAAGCAUUUCGGGUGAAGGUGAUCUCAGAGGAAUAGUUGAGGUUAAAAGAAUUACUUCAAUAGUUUAUAAUUCCUCCAAAGCUGCAGUUCAUAAUAUUGCAAAGAAUUUAGCAGUUCAUUUUACACCACGUGGUGUUAAUGUUAACGUUAUUGCUCCUGGGGUAAUUUUCACGGAAAUGACAUCUAACAAGGACAUUUCUUCUUGUAUUUCAGAAGUUCCACAAGGUCGUUUGGGUGUUGAAUCUGAUAUAGCAGGAUCGGCACUUUUCUUAGCUUCACAUGCAGGUAGUUGGGUUUCUGGUAUUAUUAUGCCUGUGGACGGCGGGACAUUACUGAGGAACAAAGAUCUUGGAAUGAAAAUGGCAAAAUUAUAA